CCUUCAUUCAGUACGGUUGCCUCCACAACUCACAAACUUUCUUGCUGUGACUGUGGGAGUACUUUCAUUCCAUAUCCCAAGCGGCUCAUAAAGGACCAAUUUGUGUCCGAACUUCGAUCGCAAAUUUCAGCCCAUUUCCUACACCCUCCGGACUACCACAAGUCAGGACAAACAGCAGCCUUACCUUGUCACAGCAGCUCUUCCUUUCAUCAUGGCGGAUGUAGACAUGAAAGACGCCCCUUCGGCAGCACCUAAAACAGCCAAAGCUGCUAAGGCCGAAGGCACUGACAAGAAGCCGCGCUUUGAGGUCAAAAAGUGGAACGCCGUGGCGCUGUGGGCCUGGGAUAUCGUCGUCGACAACUGCGCUAUCUGCCGCAACCACAUCAUGGACUUGUGCAUCGAGUGUCAGGCAAAUCAGUCGAGUGCCGCCACCGAAGAGUGCACCGUGGCGUGGGGUAUUUGCAACCAUGCGUUCCACUUCCACUGCAUCUCGCGGUGGCUGAAGACGAGGCAGGUCUGCCCGCUGGACAACAGGGAUUGGGAGUUCCAGAAGUACGGACGAUAAAUGCAUGCGCAGAGAAGCAUCGGGCAGGGCGGGGCUGAGAGAGUAUCGGAUCACGAGAUAACCUCACACAACGAAAGCGUCAAUUGCAUUACAAAAGCGGCUGGGUCGAGUCAGAAGAAGCGGCAUGCCAGCACAUUGGUGGUCCUAGAAAGCCAUCUGUCGCUUCGACAAGGUAGACUUUGCACUAGAGGCAUAUUUCUUUGUCGGCAUGAGCAGUCGUCGCCGAUGGUUUACUAUGAGGGCUAGGAAUUCAAAUAGCUCCUAUCGACUGUUUGGCAACGCACUCGAAGCCCGAAAGAUCGUGCUCUCUUAGCGAACUUCGCUGGGAUGAUGCAUUUUUUCUGCUCGGUAGAAAAAAGCCGGUAGACGCACCAGACUUCACAAGAUUCGAGCAACGGUCCACACCCGGUUCGUGCUAGUUCCAGUCCCAUGCUAUGUUACAAUCGUGACAAAUUCGGACAUGACCACAUGCAGUCGUGCCCUGCGCGCG